AUGCGCGCGCCGGAACAGCUGAAACUGCGGCAAGACAACAACCAGGAAGAACCAGCCUGCUUGUCAGCGUGUCACUGUGGUACAAACAUGACUGAGGUGGCACAGGUUGCAGCAGUGGAUGUCCAUGACAUGGAGGAUGUAUUCAAUGAGAAUGAUCUAGAUGAAGCUGAAGACCAAGAAGAAACUGAAGAGGGCACAAACAGCAGUGAGCCUGCAGAACCACAAGUGAAUGGAGUGGAACACAAAGACAGUCAAACUCCCAUAAGGAAACGGGAGCGGUCUAGAGCUGUGAACGGUAUGUCCAAACGUACAGAGAAAGAAAAUAAGGAUCCUGACACACAGGAAGAGGAUAUGUCAGAAGUAGCCUUAAAGAAAGAGAAACUGCUGAAAACCAGCAAACCAGUGGCCAGAAGCUACGUGCCAAAGGAAACCCAGGACAAAGGUGCUGUGACAAACAAGUUUGAGGCCAUGCAAAAGGCACGAGAGGAGCGCAGCAGGAAGCGCAACCAGGACGAGCAGCAAAAGAGGAAAGACCAGUACAUUAAGGAGAGAGAAUGGAGCCGGCGCAAGCAACAGAUAAAGGAACUACUUGCUUCUAGCGAUGAGGAGGAGGAGGUGAAGCCUGCAAAGGUGGAGAAGUCAUAUGUCCCCAAGAUUACCGGAAGUGUAAAGGGGAAGUUUGCAGAGAUGGAGAAACAACGACAAGAGGAGGAGAGGAAGAGGAUGGAGGUGGAGCGAAAGAAACGAGAAGCUCAAGACAAAAUGGAAAAGGCCAAAAUAAAGAAGGAAUUGGCACAGAAAGCAGCUGAGGAGGGAGACGACACAAUACAGGUCUGUGUGGUUCCAGCAAAGUCUUCUCGACCUCCUGGUAAAAUCAAGAUGAACUUUGAAGACCUGGAAAAGAAUCGAGAGGAGGAGUUACAGAAGAAAGCAGAGGAGGAGAAAAAAAAACGCUAUGAUGAAAACAAACGCUCAUUCAGAGAGUCAAAAAGACACUCUCUGGCACAACAAGAUGAGGAGGAGAAGUCCACAGAGAUGCAACAAGCAGCUCCUGGCAAGUUGAAACUGACAUUUGAGGAACUUGAAAAAGAAAGACAAGAACAUAGGAGGAAGCAAGCUGAGGAGAAAGCCAAACGCCGUCUAUUAGAGGAAAAGAAAGCAUUUGAGGAAGCCAGGCUGGAAAUGGGUGAUGAAGAGGAGGAGUUGCAGUCCACUCAGCAGGAUGGCAAAGAGGAAAUGCGGCCGGGAAAACUGCGGCUAAGUUUUGAGGAGCUGGAGAGGCAGAGAGUUGAGGGUUUACGCAAGAAAGCUGAAGAGGAGGCCAAGAAACGGAUGGAAGAAGAGCGAAAAUCUUUUGCAGAAGCAAGAAAGAGCAUGCUGGUAGAUGAAGAUGAUGAGGUCCUCAUGGCGUUACUGAAUCUGGAGGGCAGCAAACCUGGUAAAAUUUCUGCAAGCUUUGAGGAUCUCGAGCGUCAGAGAAGAGAGGAGGAGCAGAGGAGGUCAGAGGAGGAGGCCAAGAAGAGACUGGAGGAGGAGAAGAAGCAAUUUGCAGAAGCCCGCAAAAGCAUGAUUCUAGAGGAGGAUGGAGAGAUGAUCCAGUCUGAGUCUCAGGAGGCACUGCACCCAAGAAAACUGGAGAUGAACUUUGAAGAGAUGCUGAAGGAAAAGCAGGAAACGGAAAGAAAACGCAAAGAAGAAGAACGCAGGACGAAGCUUGAACAGGAGAAGCAGCAAUUUGAACAGCUUCGCCAAGAGAUGGGCGUGGAGGAAAUAAAUGAAAGCUCUGACAUGGUGAGCAAAGAAUAUGAGGAACUGACAAAGCUUAAGAGGACUGGUUCUAUACAAGCAAAGAGCCUUAAAUCAAAGUUUGAGAAGAUCAAACAGCUGACUGAAGAAGAAAUCCAGAAAAAGAUUGAGGAAGAGCGCGCGCGAAGGAAAGCCGUAGAUGAAGAAAUUAAAGAGAGGGAGUCUGAAAGAUUCAAUGAGGACGAGGAACAGGAAGAAAUAACGACUAUGAGGGCUGAGGACACACCUUUCAAACAGAAAGUGGACAUGCGAGCACGGUUUGAACAAAUGGCAAAAGCCAGAGAAGAGCAAGAGCGAAAGAGGAUAGAAGAUCAGAAACUACAGCGAAUGCAAUUUGAGCAGCAAGAGAUAGAUGCUGCCCUCCAGAAGAAAAAAGAAGAUGAGGGAGAUGAGGAGGGAAGCAUCAUCAAUGGCUCUGCAGCUUACGAAGACGAGGAAGACCAUGCAAGGUCUGGGGCCCCAUGGUUUAAAAAGCCUCUGAAGAACCAGUCAGUUGUGGACUCUGAGCCGGUUCGGUUCACGGUUAAGAUCACAGGAGAGCCAAAGCCCGAGGUGACCUGGUGGUUUGAGGGAGAGAUGCUCCAGGACUGUGAGGACUAUCAGUACAUCGAGAGAGGCGAGACCUACUGCCUUUACCUGCCCGAGACUUUCCCAGAGGACGAAGGAGAGUACAUGUGCAAGGCCGUGAACAGCCGAGGAACUGCUGCCAGCACAUGCAUCCUGACAGUGGAAACGUACGACUACUGA